AUGCGCGAAACCAACGCCGUACGAGCCAUAUUCGAAACAUACUACAAGGGCGCAGUCUUGAAAGUUACAGGCUGGAAGCCCCAGCAAAUCAGUACUUCCUACACGCCGAAGAUCCCAGUCGUUGAGGAGAUUACUAUUAAGCAGUUGAAGCUAGGUGGCCACAGAUUCAACGGCGCCAUCGUCUUCGUCGUGUUGACUCCCUCAAGCGACGAGGAGAUUAUCUGCAAAGUCUACGACAACACGUUCGCCCCACGUAGCGACAGCGACAGCGAUAGUGACAGCGACGGCGACAGUGAAGCACCUCUACUAAGCUCGACGGUCGCGUUUGACACGGAGAAGAAAGCAUACCAGAAACUCAGCUCCAAGCCUAAGAUCACCAGCGGCAUCAACCCAGAAUACUACGGCUGCGGAAAGAUCAAGCUAAACAGCGGCGAUGAGUGGCCUAUAAUCCUCCUCGAGCACGUUCGCGGACAACCGCCCCACCGCGUUACCAGCCUGAUAAAUAAGCCCUCCCGUAAGCAGCGCAAGCGAAUUAUGCGUAAGCUUAUUGAGGCUGAUAGCGACAUUCUAUUCCACGCCAACGUGCGCCAUAACGACCUCGCGCCGCGCAACGUCAUUAUCGAGACUGAGACAAUGCCAGGUGAGGGCGGGAACAAGACAGUGCCAGGUAAGGGCGGGAACAAGACAGUGCCAGGUAAGGGCGGGAACAAGACAGUGCCAGGUAAGGGCGGGAACAAGACUGAGAAGAUCCCGAAAAACCCGCGUGUCUGCCUGGUCGACUUCGCACAGUCGACCUACUUCACUAAGAACAUGGAGAAGCGCUAUCAGAACCCGCUAUUCCGGUGGACGAAUCGCGUGGAGGAGUGGACGAGCUGGGGCUGGCUGGAUAGCAGUGGUGCCGAGGAAUGGAUGUGGGGGAAGGGGAGUCGGAAGAAGGGCUAUCCGGGGGUGCAGAAGGACGACAAGAAUGGGUGGGUGGAGUGUGUGCGAGCAGAGUGUGCGAAUGGCGGAGAUCUCUGUGGGAGUGGUUGUUCCCUGCCUUUCUUGGCGCGCUUGUUCGGUGCGGCAGUGCUUACCAACCCUUAACUUCAUCUCCACCCCGUCUCCUCCGUAUUUCCACGCCUCUAUCACGCUGAACGCGCAGCCUUGCGACCCUUCAAACCCGCGGUCCGGGAAGGCUUUCCCUUCGGACUUCGAAGCGCGGGGACUAUUCGAGGUCACCUUCCGCAACCGACCAAUCAUGUUGCACAACGGCAUGUUUACUGUGACGGAGGAACGCGCCUCAAAAUAGAACGGAGAGCCAAUGAAACACG